AUGCUAGACUUAUUGCGUGGUCGCUAUCGUGGCAUUUACCAGUCGCGCGAUGCGCUCACUUACCUCUUCAACAUUUUUACUUUCGUUGGCACCAAUCCACUGGAGCAGCGCACACCGAAAUACUAUCACCUCUAUUAUCUGUAUUCCGUGACAGUGAAUUUCAUUUGCUGCUUCUUCUGUCCGCUCUCGUUUCACAUUGGCUACAUAAAGUUCUUGAAAGUGCUGAACACCACUGAAUUGCUUGCCGCCAUACAAAAUGCGGUACAAGUGACGGCUAUUCCCAUCAAAAUCGUUGCCAUCACUUGGCACAUGAAGAGUUUGCUGAGUGCGCGUGCGGUGCUGGACAAAUUGGAUGCCAAUUAUAAGCGCGCCGAAGAUUUGCUGCGUAUUCGUAAAUGCGUGCAGAGUUGUUGUAAAAUUCUAGUGGUAUUUUGUGUGCCCUACUACAGUUUUGAGGUUACCACCAUAGCCUUUGGUGUGCUGCAAAAUCGCGUGCCUUUGGCUGCGUGGGUGCCUUACUUGGAUGCGGAUCGUGCAGCUUGGGAAUAUUGGACGAUUGUGGGUUGGGACACUUUUGUAAUGUUCAUCUUGUUGGCCCAUCAAUUGGGCAGUGACACCUAUCCGGCGGUAUAUAUUUCGAUUAUACGCACACACAUGCAAUUGUUGGUGGAGCGAGCUAAGCGUUUAGGCACCGAUCAAGCGCUGAAUGCGGAGGAAAAUUAUGCAGAACUUUUGGCAUGCAUACGCACGCAUGGUCAGAUUAAGAGCUUGGCCAAAAUUGUUGCUCCCGUUAUUUCAAUCACGCUCUUCACCCAAUUCGCCACUACCGCCAUCACUGUGCUGAAUUGGUUCGGCGAUGUCGAAUUUCCGGAAAAUAUCAUAUCUUUUGCUUUCUUUAGUUGCCAGCUAAUGCAGAUUUUACCCUGUUGCUAUUGCGCCUCUCACCUCAUCGCCGAUUGUGACCUGCUGCCCAACGCGAUUUUCCACUCCAAUUGGAUAGAGCAAGAUCGACGUUUUAGGAAAACUGUUUUAUUUUUUAUACAACGCGCCCAAAAUCCAAUGCGGUUUUCGUGCCUGAAGCUAUUCAGUGUCAGCUUGGCAACGGGCGUGGCGAUUGGAAAAUUUGCUUUCUCACUCUACACUUUCAUACAGGAGGUUGGCGAUAAGACGGAAAACUGA